CCGAGGCGGUGCCGAGCCCGCUGGCUCCUGAUUGUCCUUUGCGGCGGCUGCGGUCUCUGUCUCUUUGCCUCCCGACCCGGGGCUGCAGGGACCAGAGCGGUCGCGCCUCCCGCGGGCCACGGCUGCCCAGAGCAGACGCUGUCCUUCAGCAAGUUGGAAGCUGUUCCCCGUCACUGUCACUGGAGUGUUUCUGACAUUCAGGCAUCACCUGAGGGAGGAACCGCUGCAGGAGAAGCAGACACGGAGAAACGGCCUGCUUGAGAUAUAAAUCUUGGUCGACAGCGUGGCUGCAGGCCACUGGACUGGAAUUCUCCGUGGCUUUCUAAGUGGCGGGUGUCUGGGGUGUGCUGUCCCAGCCUGCGGUGUGCAUCAUGCCAGCCUUGUCGACAGGAUCCGGGAGCGAUGCAGGUCUGUAUGAGCUGUUGGCUGCUCUGCCAGCCCAGCUGCAGCCACAUGUGGAUAGCCAGGAAGACCUGACCUUCCUCUGGGAUAUGUUUGGUGAAAAAAGCCUGCAUUCACUGGUAAAGAUUCACGAAAAACUCCACUACUACGAGAAGCAGAACCCCGUGCCCAUCCUCCACGGCGCAGCGGUCUUGGCCGAUGACCUGGCCGAAGAGCUUCAGAACAAGCCAUUAAACAGUGAGAUCAGAGAGCUGUUGAAACUACUGUCAAAACCCAAUGUGAAGGCUUUGCUCUCUGUACAUGAUACUGUGGCUCAGAAGAAUUACGAUCCUGUAUUACCACCAAUGCCGGAUGAUAUCGAUGAUGAAGAAGACUCAGUAAAAAUCAUUCGUCUGGUCAAAAAUAGAGAACCCCUGGGAGCUACCAUUAAGAAAGACGAGCAGACUGGAGCCAUCGUUGUGGCUAGAAUCAUGAGAGGAGGCGCUGCGGAUAGAAGUGGUCUUAUACAUGUUGGUGAUGAACUUAGGGAAGUGAAUGGGAUUCCAGUCGAGGAUAAAAGGCCCGAGGAAAUAAUUCAGAUUUUGGCUCAGUCUCAGGGAGCAAUUACCUUUAAGAUUAUACCCAGCAUCAAAGAGGAGACUCCAUCUAAAGAAGGCAAGAUGUUUAUCAAAGCCCUCUUUGACUAUGACCCUAAUGAGGAUAAAGCAAUUCCAUGUAAGGAAGCUGGGCUUUCUUUCAAAAAGGGAGAUAUUCUUCAGAUUAUGAGCCAGGAUGAUGCAACGUGGUGGCAGGCAAAGCACGCGGAUGAUGCCAAUCCCAGGGCAGGCUUGAUUCCCUCAAAGCAUUUCCAGGAAAGGAGAUUGGCUCUGAGACGACCAGAAAUACUAGUUCAGCCCUUGAAAGUUUCCAACAGGAAAUCAUCUGGUUUUAGGAGAAGUUUUCGUCUUAGUAGGAAAGAUAAGAAAACAAAUAAGUCCAUGUAUGAAUGCAAGAAGAGUGACCAGUACGACACCGCUGAUGUGCCCACAUAUGAGGAAGUGACGCCGUAUCGGCGGCAAACGAACGAAAAAUACCGGCUUGUAGUCCUGGUUGGUCCCGUGGGAGUAGGUCUGAAUGAACUGAAACGAAAGCUGCUCAUCAGCGACACCCAGCACUACGGAGUGACCGUGCCCCACACAACCAGAGCAAGAAGAAGCCAGGAGAGCGAUGGUGUGGAAUAUAUUUUCAUUUCCAAGCAUUUGUUUGAGACAGAUGUACAAAAUAACAAGUUUAUUGAAUACGGUGAAUAUAAAAACAACUACUAUGGCACAAGUAUAGACUCCGUGCGGUCUGUCCUCGCUAAAAACAAAGUUUGUUUGUUGGAUGUUCAGCCUCACACAGUGAAGCAUUUAAGGACCCUAGAAUUUAAGCCCUACGUGAUAUUUAUAAAGCCUCCAUCAAUAGAGCGCUUGAGGGAGACAAGAAAAAAUGCAAAGAUUAUUUCAAGCAGAGAUGACCAAGGGGAGGCAAAGCCUUUCACAGAAGAAGACUUUCAGGAAAUGAUUAAAUCUGCACAGAUAAUGGAAAAUCAGUAUGGUCAUCUUUUUGACAAAAUCAUAGUAAAUGAUGACCUCACCGUGGCAUUCAAUGAGCUGAAAACAACUUUUGACAAAUUAGAGACAGAGGCCCACUGGGUUCCAGUGAGCUGGUUACAUUCGUAACUAAGGGAAACUCCCACGGUCAGCGUUUCGUAGAGUGCAUGAUGAAAUCAGUUACUGUCCCGGUGGCAGGGUUUGUUAGUCUAUGUCACUGCUGUAGACGUGCAGUCUUGCUUUAAAACUGAAUGUUGGUUUUGUUUGUAUCUUUCUCCAGCCUUACUUCAAGCACAGUAUUUGAGUAGAAGAUCCAGAAUCAAAAUUUGCAUAGUACCAUCUUAGAGCUUUUGAACCGUUUGGUUGUCUUUAACAUACAGCUGUAUCUCCAAGAGGAGGUUGGACUUUUCUGGGAGAAACAGCCAGGGAAUUGAUACUGGAGUUGUGCUUCAUUGGGUC